UUUGUCUCCUUGUGUGUUAAAUGUCAUAUACUACUCAUUCUCAGUUGGGCCUGUCUCCCUUGCUGUUCUGUGAGGAUGUUACAUCUGGUAGCCCUGAGGAGCAAAAGGAAAUCCCAGUGACUCUAAAGCCUGCAGUGCCCCCUCUUGAGCCUCAGGAGGAUGUGCAGAUCAAUCCGAAUGUUAGAUGCUGUAUUCUGGAGAGGGGCUCUGCCGGUUUUGGCUUCCAUUUGGCCUGCGUCAAUCAGAAACCUGGCACCUUCAUCAGCCAGGUAGCAGCAGAAGGCCCAGAACAGACUUCAGGUCUCCUUCAGGGUGAUGUGGUGGUGGAGGUGAAUGGACAGAACGUGGAGAAAGAGUCUGUGGAGGAUGUGAUCUUACAUGUGAAAAGAGGAGGAGACACUCUUUCUUUACUAGUAGUAGAUCAGAAAGGUUAUGACUGGCUGAAGAAAAAUGGGAAGCCAAUCACUGUGAACAAACUAGCACCAAUCUCUGAGGUGGAGGAAAGCCUUUCAAGUGCUGCUGAACCACCAAUACUGAAGACUGAUGAAUUGUGUGAUGUCCAGACUAAUAGUCCACCUAGUGGUGAUGGCCAUUAAAACAAGUGCUUUGAGAAUGAUGUUUAAAUAGUUUCACUGG